AUGUGUGGGAGAGCUCUUGGUGGGCACAUGAGGGCUCAUGGAAUUGGGGAUGAAAAUGGAAAUCUUGAUGAAGAAGAUCCCACAAGUGAUUGGGAGGAUAAGAAUGAUAGGACAAGUAACAAGAGAAUGUAUCAAUUGAGAACAAAUCCUAAUAGGUUGAAAAGUUGUAGGAUUUGCGAGAACUGUGGGAAGGAAUUCUUCUCUUGGAAAGCUUUCUUGGAGCAUGGAAAAUGCAGUUCCGAUGCCGAGUCACUAUUGUCGUCCCCGGAGUCGGAAGCCGAGGAGGACGAGGGAGGCGGUAGACGAGCCGGAGGAGGAUGGACCAAAAGGAAAAGAUCAUUGCGUGCAAAAGUGGGAAGUUCUAUUAUUAGUUCAGCUUAUCCAUCAAGUGAAGAUGAAGACCUUCUCCUUGCAAAAUGCCUAGUACAAUUAGCCAACACACGAGUAGAGCUGCCGACCAUGGUGGCGGAAAUGGAGUCCUCCUCCACCUCCGCCAGUCGGGAGGUGGAACGACGGAAUGCAAUGGCCAACUUUUUCUCGCCUCGAACAUCAACUCCCUUAGACAAGGGUAAAGGGGUAUCAUCCAAUAAUUCCAAAGGCAUAUUUGAAUGCAAAGCCUGCAAAAAAGUGUUCAAUUCUCAUCAAGCAUUAGGGGGACAUAGGGCAAGUCACAAGAAGGUUAAAGGGUGUUAUGCAGCCAAACAAGAUCAGGAUCAUCAGCUUGAUGAUCAUAGUUUAGCUGAUGAUGAUGUGAUCACACGUGAAGAAUUUUUCCCUGCAUCCCAAUCACCAUAUAAUUCCCCUACUAUGCAAUUUGAACAAGGCCUUACUGGAUUAGUAGGUGCAGCAAGAAGGAAAUCAAAAGUCCACGAAUGCACUAUUUGUCAUAGGAUUUUUUCCUCUGGUCAAGCUUUGGGUGGACAUAAAAGGUGCCAUUGGAUCACUUCAAAUUCACCUGCAGACACUACAAAACUCCAAUUUCAUCAUCAUGUUGAGCCCAUCAAUCACUACAAGCCCAAAAUCAAGAACUUUGACCAGGCCCUUGAUCUUAACCUUCCAGCAUGGACUGACGACAUAUCGGGUUUAAGACGGGACCCACAUAACCCUUUGAGCUUCGAGGUCUCGACCGAUAUACACCUACAUCCAUGGAUAAACACUGGUGGUGACAAGACAGACACCAAAAAUAUCGAUAACCAUCCUCAUGAAUACUAUCAGAGAAAUGUAGAUGAUAACAACAACAAAAAUAAUGCGCCCCGAGCUGACGGAAACAACAAUAAUAGCAAUAGCGCAUCUCACAGUGUUGAUGAUGAAGCAGACAGUAGGUUGAAGUUAGCAAAGUUGAGUGAUCUAAAGGACAUGAACCCAAGUGGAAGUUCAUCCCAAUGGCUUCAAGUUGGAAUCGGUUCAACAACUGAUGCUACUACUGACCCAUAA